UCAUACAUAGUUUGGUUUUAUGUUCUGUAAUGCAAUGAGGUGACUUUUAUAUCGGGGAAGACGGUAAUAUCUGUUUGUGAACAUAUGCGAAGUUUUGACAGUGGAUAAAUAUCGAGAAGUAUCAUUUAAGUGACACUGGCUAUGGAGAACUUGGGAGGGGAUAUCGCCUCAGUGCAGAACCGGAGUUUUUAUCCGUCUGCUUUUGGGGCUCAGUCAAGUCGAUCGGCAUCGGGGUCAGUGGUAUACUCCAUUACGGACAGGACGGCCUCUCUCAGUCCAGAGUCUAUUAAAACGUACGCACUUAUUCCUGGCUCUCCAGCCACCGCAAAUCCUCCCAUCGGUUUCGGCUGUCAUUUUGGAAACUCUUACUAUGGUUGCAAAAUCCCACAUGGUGCCCCUUUGCAGCACGCCGCAACGAAACAAACUACUCUUGCGUCUUUAUGUGGACAUUCGGUGGACAAGCGUAUGGAUAUAUCAGGUUUUGGCAGCAGCAACGUGCACUGCAACGAAAUUCCAGGAAGGGCUGCGGAGUUUGGCGUUUACCAAGGUUAUUCAGGGUCCUACUCCCGGAUUCCUGGAUAUAUCGAUGUACCUGUUGUACCAAGAGCCGCUGCUGGCUAUCACAGACACGAGGCUGUUUUACCCAUUGACGGAUACCAGCCGUGGAACUGGUCAAAUAGUUGGAACAGUCAACUUCAUUGCCCCAAAGAACAGACACCGAGCCCGCACUCUUGGAAAUACUCUCUCGCAGGAGAGACAGGAUUGAAAGAGACGCAUGUAAGUACUUUAUACCGGCGUGGAAGGAAGAAGAGAGUACCGUACGCCAAACCUCAGCUGAAGGAACUUGAACGAGAGUACACUACGAACAAGUUUAUUACCAAAGAUAAACGGCGAAAGAUAGCCUCUUCUACCAACUUGUCAGAGAGACAAGUCACGAUUUGGUUUCAGAACCGUAGAGUCAAAGACAAGAAAAUGAGAUCCAAAUUGAAGGACGUUCAGACUUAUUGUUGACUUGACUGAAAACGCCAGAUUAUGUUUGGUAUGUGAGCGAUUUUUUUUUUUUUUUUUUGCCUAUUCGUAUUUUAGUAUUUUGUGGACCUUCUUUCUGCCGAGCCAAAGCUCUUCACUGUAAUACGUAUAAAUGCUUGUAUGGGAUGUAUAGCUGAAGUAAUUUUAUUUGAAAAAUGCAUCUUGGUCAAAUUAUUUAAUAUCUUCCUUUGCCUUAGUGCUGUGUUUCAGUAAUGAAGCCCCAAAAUGCUUUAUUUAAUAUAAUAUAAUGUAACCUAUAAACAUAAAUCUAAUAUUAUGACAGAAAUACAUGUAUCAUAAUGGCAGUGUCCCAGGUACAGAAAAAUAUGUUAUAAAACUAUACGAAACUGACCUCAGUUCUUACUCUAUACAUGUUAGUUAUGUUGACAUAAGUACAUGUAUAUGCUACAUGUCUUACACUAUGAGGUAGAUUAAUUGUGCUUUAACUUUCAAAACUAACCAAAAAAUACAAAAACAGCACACUCAACAGUCUGCUCCGAAAGAAGCUUUAGCGAAAGUUAUUUCACACACACACACACACCACACACACUCACAUUCAUAUGCACACACACACACACCCACACACACACUUGUCUGAAUUGCCUGAAAGUCAUAAUGAACACAAGUUUAUAUUUAAGAACUAAAAUUUUGUAUUAGAUUUAAUAUAAUGUUCAAGAACACGUGAGGUCUCUUUCUCUGUGAAAUCUAACAUGGCCGCAAACAUUUAGUGGACAUUUCUGUUUUGUUAUAUUAUUUUAAUGGAUUCUUUUUUAUUCAUGUUGUCCUCCAGAUCCGACUGUUUAUAAUAAAGCAAAUCAGUUGUCUGCAA